ACCAAUUACCACUCUCAAUUAUUAUCUGGCGCCGUUCUGUUAAAUCAACGCCCAAAAUUAUUACAGCCACUUUCUUUAGUCCUACCACUGUGUUUUUUUCCUUCAAUUGGUUUCUAGUUUCAGCUUAAAGAGUAGAGAGAGAAUUUUAUUUAACACCCAUAUACCCAUAUCAUCAUAAUAAUGGAGUAACACCAACAUAAGAGAGAGAAAUUCAGUCUAGUUCUAUAUUAGUCUAGUCUAAAUUACUCUCCAAGAUUGAAACUUUUUCUUCAAAUUCUCUGUAUUUGGACAAUACUUCCAAUUUUCAAGUCAUAAUUCUCUGUUUUUUCUUUUCUGUUUCAGAAUCCUUCCAAUUUCUGUAGAUUGUGUUUGAUUUUUUUUGUUGGGUAUAUCUUCAAAUUUAAUGCCCCACUUAUAAAUUAGAUGACCCAGUUGUUUGAUUACUUGAUCUGAUUCAACUUGGUUUGUUCAGUUUUCAAGGUUCUUGCUUUAUUUGAAGUGGGGUGCUUGUUGAUUCUCAGGGUUUUGGAAUUGUGGGGAGCAAAUCUGUGGACUGAAGUGAGUAGUAAGAGGAUUUAAUUGUGUGUAAAAAGCUUUUGUUGUAGAGAUGGGAUCCCAAGGAUCAAAACUUGGAACAUGUUGCUUGGGUUCACCUAAUAAGACAGCAGUGCUUGAGGCUCCUGAUGUUGGUAACGAGGAGGAUAAUGGGCAUGGUUUACUUGCGUUCCGUGAGUUCACAUAUGAGCAACUUAAGAAUGCCACAUUAGGCUUUGCUGUUGAGAACAUUGUGUCUGAGCAUGGUGAGAAGGCUCCAAAUGUGGUGUAUAAAGGGAAACUAGAUAACCAGACAAGAGUUGUCGUUAAGCGUUUCAAUAGAAGUGCGUGGCCUGAUGCUCGUCAAUUCUUGGAUGAAGCACGGUCUGUUGGUCAGCUCCGGAACCCGAAGCUGGCAAAUCUGCUUGGUUGUUGUUGUGAGAAUGAUGAGAGGCUGCUUGUGGCGGAGUACAUGCCUAAUAGUACCCUUGCAAAACAUCUUUUCCAUUGGGAUGCACAGCCAAUGAAGUGGGCAAUGCGGUUGAGGGUUGUCCUAAAUCUUGCUCAAGCUUUAGAAUAUUGUACAAGCAGAGGACGAUCCCUCUAUCAUGACCUUAAUGCUUACAGAAUUUUGUUUGAUGGGGAUUGUACUCCCAGACUUUCUUGCUUUGGCUUGAUGAAAAAUAGCAGAGAUGGGAAAAGUUAUAGUACAAAUCUUGCAUUUACUCCUCCAGAGUAUUUGAGAACUGGGAGAAUAACACCAGAAAGUGUAAUAUAUAGCUUUGGAACUCUGUUGCUUGACCUUAUUAGUGGAAAGCAUAUCCCACCAAGUCAUGCCCUAGACUUGAUAAGGGAUCGAAAUCUUCAGAUGUUGACUGAUUCCUGCUUGGAAGGACAAUUUUCCAAUGAUGAUGGUACUGAGUUAGUACGGCUUGCUUCCCGAUGUUUACAUUAUGAACCACAAGAGCGACCAAACACUAGAUCACUGAUUGCAGCUUUGACCCCUCUUCAGAAGGAAACUGAGAUUCCUUCUCAUGUUCUAAUGGGUAUCCCUCACAGUGCAUCGUCCCUACCUUUGUCUGCUAUGGGUGAGGCAUGCGUAAGAAGAGACUUGACUGCAAUUCAUGAAAUCUUGGAAACAAUUGGGUACAAGGAUGAUGAAGGAGUGACAAAUGAGCUCUCCUUUCAGAUGUGGACUGACCAAAUGCAGCAAUCUUUGGAAUCGAAGAAGAAGGGUGACAGUAGCUUCAAGCAGAAAGAUUUCAAGUCUGCAAUAGAACGAUACACGCAGUUCAUUGAUGGCGGGAUGGUUUCUCCUACAGUCCUUGCACGUCGUAGUCUAUCACAUCUUAUGAGCGACAUGCCACAGGAAGCUUUGGAAGAUGCAAUGCAAGCUCAAGUGAUUUCACCUGUGUGGCACAUUGCUCAAUAUCUUCAAACAUCUGCUCUUUUUGCCCUUGGAAUGGAGAACGAGGCUCAAGAGGCUCUAAAAGAGGGCACCACUCUCGAAUCGAAAAGGGAUGGUACAGAUGCUAAAUAAUCUGUCAAACUAUACCACCACUUAGUUACUUGAUUGAAAGGCGUCUCGUUCCUCUCCUCUGGAACUGAUCUUUUGGAAACUGCAAAGUAGAAAGAUAUGCAGCGAUUCUUUUGUCAAAAGUAUUUUGCCUUCAAGUUUAACUUUGCAGCAGCAUCUCAACUCAGCCGAAAUUUUCAGCAGUCGAUUUUUAACUGGUUGAUUGAUUAAGCGCGAGAAGCUUUCCUUGGAGAGUUUGCAAGUGCAAGGCAUCAAAAUCCUAUAAACUUGUAAUUUUUGUACAGUUAAAACACGGUUUGGGUGGUGUUUUGAACGUAAAAAACUCGUGUUUUCAGCUCAUAUCUACGGAAGAAAAAUAUGGCUUCCGUUUUCUUUAUCUAGUCUUGUUAGAAUUGUGUGAGUAAUGCCUUCCUUUUAACAUAUAUUCAUAGAAUGUUUCAAUGACAACAUUCAUUAUUGUAAGACAGUAUUGUUAUUCAAUUGAUCCACAAACGAAACUUUUCUAGUUGUA